AUGGACCAACCAGGCAUGAACCAAUCAGGUAUGACACAACCAGGUGUAAACCAAAUAGAUAUGAACUACUUAAGUGUAAGACCACAACGCCUAAGCAAAACAGAUAUCGAACAACCAAUUAUGAGGCUAUCAGGCCAGAACCUAUACAAUAUAAAACAACUAGGGCCAAGACAAUCAGACAGCAACCAGCCAAGCACGAACCAACUAGGCAUGAACAAACCAGGUGUGACAAGAGCAGGAGCAAGCCAAGCAGAUAUGUACCAAUCAGGCUUGAGCCCAUCCAAUAUGAAACUACUAGUGCCAAGCAUGGACCAUCUAGUCAUGAGCAAACCAGACCUAAGCCUACAAGUUAUGAGGGAGCCAGACCCAAGACAACUGGAUAUAAAACAACCAAGCAUACACCAACCAGGUAUGAAUCAAGCAGACAUGAGCCAAACAGGCAUAUGGCAGCCAGGCUCACCUCCUCCCAACAGAAAAGUGAGCUCAAGGCAAUGGGACCCAGUGUAUCCAGGCAGGAGACCACAAGACAUGUGGCAAGUAAACCAAAUCAAUCAAGGAAUGAGGCAAUCAGAUAUAGUGCAACAAGACCCAAGCUAUGCAGUACAGAGACAACCAGAUACAUGGAAACAGGACCCAAGUUAUCCAGGACUGAAACCUAUAGAGCGACGGUAUUUGGGGACAAGCCAGACAGGCAACAAACCAAAUUUAUGGCAACAAUACCUAAGUCAUCCAGGCCUCAGACAGUUGGAAUUCAGACAAGCAGAUCCCAGAGAACUAGGUAUGCAACAAUCUGACACAGGGCAAGCAGGCCCUAGUCAAUUAGGCAUGAGACAAACAAGCCAACCACGUAUGAGACCAAACGACAUAUGCAGACAGUCAGGCACUUGGCAAUCAGACUCUAGCCCACACGGCAAGACACUGUCAGACCCAUGGCAUCUGAGCCUCAGCCAACCGGCCAUAAGACAAUCUGACACAUGUCAUCUAGGCUCUAGCCCAUCAGGUAUGGAACAGUUGAACACAUAUUAUAUAAGCUCCAGUCAACUAUGCAGGAAACCCUCUGUCACACAACAACAGGGAUCCAACCAACAAGGCAUGAAAUACUCAGACACAAAGCAAGUGAACCCUAGUCUAUUGGGCAUGACUCCAUCAUACUCAAAAGAAGUUGGGGGCAGCCAACGAGGCAUGGAUGAUUUGGACACACCGAAAUCAGGCUCCAGCCAAACAGGCAUGAAAGAGUUGUACAGAUGGCAAUCAGGCACCAACCAACCAGGCAAGACACAGUCUGACAAAUGGCUACUAGGCCCUAGCCCUCUAGGUAUAAGACAUUUGGAUUCAUGGCAAACAGGCCCAAGCCAACAGGGCAUGAAACAUUCAGACUCAUGGCCAUGGGGCCCAAACCAUUCAGGUACAAGACAAUCAGAUGUAUGGCAACCAAGCCCCAACCAAUCAGACACAAGACAAUUGGAUACAUGGAACCGAAGUCCAAACCUCCCUGGUGUAAGACAGUUAUACACAUGGCAGCCAACCCCCAGUUGCUCAGACACAAAACAAUCAGAAAAACAGCAAGCCAGUCCUAGCAACUCAGACGUGAAACAAUCAGAUACUUGGGAACCAGUGCCAAAGAAAUCACAGACAAAUAUCAUCCAAACAGGCACUCACCAAUUAGAUAUAAACCAAUCAGAUACCACCCAACCAAGCCAAGAAGGAAUGACACAAUUAGAAAUAGCAGAACCAAGUCCAAUCCAACCAGAAAGGAAAGCCAGUCCAUCAGACACUAGCCAAUCAGACUCAAUUCAACUGGACAUAAGCCAAGCAGGUGAAAGUAAAUCAGAGCCAAGUGAAUCAAGUAUGAGUGAUACAAGUCAAGGAGCAAUGCAAUCAUGCACGACAAAUAAAAGCAUGGCUCCUUUCUACAUAAGACCUGCUGAGCCUCAAGACUGCCCAGAUAUCCUGCGACUGAUUAAAGAAUUGGCUUCCUGUGAAGGCAUGCAAGAAGAGGUGUCAUUAACAGAACAUGAUUUAUACAGAGACGGUUUCGGGGUCAAUCCACUUUUCUACUGCCUGAUUGCUGAAGCGCCCAAUCAACAAACAGAAUCAGGACUGAAAACUAUUGGAUUUGCCAUGUACUAUUUCACUUACGACCCAUGGAUUGGCAAACUGCUUCACCUAGAGGAUUUUUAUAUCACUGAAGAUUAUCAAGGUAUAGGUAUUGGGGCUGACAUGCUGAAGAAGCUAAGUCAGAUAGCCAUCAAUACCCAUUGUAGUGCCAUGCAGUUUCUUGUCAUCAUUUGGAAUCAGGAUUCCGUUGAGUACUACACUCGCCUAGGGGCUUUAGACCUUUCCUGUGAGGAAGGCUGGCAUUUGUUCCGAUUUAACAUGGAAGAUCUCCUGGAACUUGCAGAGGAAGAAUGAAAAAAAAAAAAAAAAAAACAAAAAAAAAACCAAAAAAACAAAAAAAAAAAAA